CCGAUUAGUAUAAUUAUGCUUUACAUUGCUGUGUUGGCCGACAAGUAUUGUUGGAAUUUAAUUACUGCAUUCUUUGAGGAGAUGCCACAAAAAAAUGCUUGCAAUGUGUGGACUCCAUUUAACAAAAAUACAUGAGGUGUUUCUCCAUCUGAAUCGAGAGCCAAACACUGUAACUUAAAUUCAUAUCAGAAGGAAAUAUUUUGCAAAAGAAGAAAUUAUAUCAAAUUAUGACAUUCUAAAUUUCAGUGAUCAUCAAAUGCUACCUCAGAAAAAGAAAUGUAUGAAGUGUUUGUUCUAUAUGACGAGACAGAUUUGUUUACUGAAGAAACACUUUUUCCUGUUUUCGAAGAACAAAAACUGGAAUAUUGUUCAUUUAAUCAUUUUCCAGGAAAGACAAAAUCUGGCAGCCUUGAAACAUUAGAUUCCUUUCCUGAUAAAAUACUUAUUGUAUUAUCGGACGAGUUAUGUCAAAAUGAAAUUGAAAAACAUGCUAUUGAAUGUGUUCUGCUGUAUGCCAUCCAUAUAUACGGGAAUGCCAGUAAAGUUUAUGAUCACGUUAUUACUUUUAUAACUACUGGAUCAAUAAGUAUAAAGAAUUGUUUAUUUCAACUUAAAAAUACUAUUACUUAUAACAAUUCAACAGUUUCCAUCAAGGAUCUUGUUUCAAAAAUCAGAUUAAAGAUAUGGCCAUUUUGUAACAUUCUGGCUAAAAAUGGUCUUGUUGAGACCUUAGGUUUGCAUGGAUUAAGCAUGAAACAUUUAGAAUCACAAAUAUUUGGUCCAAUAAUUUCAACACAAGAUCUCUGUUUACAAAUCGACUUGGAGGGUUUUUUUAAAUAUCGACAAAAACAUCAAGAUCACCAAACAGUAGACAUUUUGGGACAAAGUGACGUUCUGAGAAGCCCUAAAACAAAAGUUUUGAUUAUACUAGAUAAUAACUCGCAUAAAUUUAGGAAAGCUGUGUCUGAUAUUUCUAACAUUUGCUCAUCUUUAAUUGGUUAUAGCAGUGACUUUAAACGUUGGAAAUUAGCAUGUUCUGUUGCAGGAAAGUAUGGUUCUGCUGAAGAAAACUUUCUGAUGAAUAUUUACCCAAAUGUGUAAUACGAAGUUACAAGAAAAGCUGUUAUUGACAUUACACAGCCACGUUUUGAAAGAUACAGUAGUAUUGAUGAAAGAAAAGGUUCGUUUCCUAUAGUGUGGAAAGAUAAUGAUUCAGAUCAGGUUGAAAAAAUUGCACAGGCUGGUUUUUUCUACCCAGGAGUUGGAUCAAAUGGACAGUGUUACUCUUGUGGCUG